AUGACGCCAGUCUACAAUUUAAAAACGAACAUACAAUCCUAUGGACAAACACUAAAAAUGUGUAAGUUACUUCUCAAAGGUGAUAGUUAUUUUAAUGAUGAAAAUGUCGAUACGGAGGAAAUUAAAAAAAACGCAAAACUCAAAGGAUAUUGUAGUAGCAAUGGUUGUAAAACAAAUGAAGAUGGUAUUAAUGCUGUGUUCAAAUACAUAUAUAUGGAAUUCAAAGAAUCAAUACCAAGAGUAACUCAACAUAAUCAUUAUGAUGAAUAUUUAUUGAUGUGGAUAAGUGAUAAAUUGCUUAAGAUACACAAAAAAGGAAAAGGCAAAAAGAUUGGAAAAGGCCGUAUGGACGAUUUUACUUUAAAGCGGGCUUAUGAAGAGUAUUUAAAGAAACAUAAAAAAGGAUUGGAUUAUUGGAAUCUUUUAAAUAUGAAGCAGGGUUUGAAAGAAGCUAAUCUUUGGUAUAUGAGCGAAUUUUAUAAAUUAUUUAAUAAUAUAUGUAAAACAAUUGUAGAUUAUAAAGAUAACGGUGCUAAAAGUAAGCAACUUUCUAAAUAUUCUAAAAAUUGCCUUACUCAAUAUAGAACCCUUUAUAAGAACAUUUCUAAAUGCCAAUCAUAUCUUGAUUUAUUGAAUAAAUUAAAAGGUAUAUAUGAUGAUUUUAGAAGUCGUGCUAUUAAGAGAACUGAUUCAAAAAAUGAUUUAAAAACUAAACUUAUAAUAAUUACACCAGAAGAUGGAGAAGAGAUGGAAGCGGUGAGAAGAUUUAUAUCAUAUGACUUCAGUAAUUCAAAAUGUAAACUCCCCCAAAAAAAAAAAAAAAAAGCCUCACCACCAGAGCCACAACCACCACCACAAUCAGCACAAGAUGGUGGGUCAUCGAAAACAUCUCAAACAGGAGGGUCAAAUAGUCAAAAUGUACCAAAGACUUCAGAAAAUAGUAAAGAAAAUACAGGGGGUGGAAAUGAUAAUGAAGGAGGUCAGAGUGACGGAAACGGAAACCCUGGUGAUGGAUCAAGUGAUCCAGCAUCAAGUACACCAGGAGGAUCUUUUGAUUUGGGAUCAUCAAUUCUUAAAUUUAUAUUAAAUGGAACGGACAAAUUGAAUAAAACUUCCCAAUUUAUUCAACAAAACCAGAAAAUGUUUAAAGAUGCUAAGGAUAAAAUCAGUAGUGCAUAUAAUGACACUGUGGAAAAUUUAAAAAAUGUUUAUAAUGUAUCUAGUAGUCAUUUUAAUAAUAUUAUUAAUAAUAUAACUAGCCAUCUUAAUCAAGUUGGAACUCCUCCUAAAUCAAGUGGUAAACAGUCUGGGCCAGGAAGUCCAAUAGAUGGUGGGAAUAAAUUGAAUCAGUCACCAUCAAAUUCACAACAAAAUCCACCAUCACCUCCUCCACAACAGCCUCCACCACCAACACCACCACAACUUCCUUCGCCGCCAAUUCCAACGCCAAUUACAUUACCAGACCCACUAAAAGGUUCGCCACAACAAAAACAACCAUCUUCCCAAUCGCAAACUAUCACACAGCACCCUCCACAAGUCCCAGUUAAAGUCAAUCAACCUAAUCACAAAACAGUUGUUCAAUUUGUAAAAUCACUAAGUUCUGACCUAAUUUUGAAAAAACCGUGGAAUAUAUUUCCAACGACAUGGAAUGGAUCAGGGGACUGUAAACCUGAAAUAAAAUUUAUGAAUGCCACAUUAGUGUGUUGUACAUCUGAACAGUGUAGUUUAACUGGAAUUACAGUUACACUUGUUUUAAUACCCAUUAUUUUAUUAAUUGCAUAUAAGUAUUUAUCAUUUGGAUCAUCAAAAAAAUCAGAAAAAAAAAACAUGAAGAAAGUUAUAAAUUUUCAUGAUGGAAAAAGAAAGACAAAAAUAAUUAUAAGUUCAAAUGAUAGGAGCAAAGACCUAAAACCUGUUAUAAAUUCAAUUGGUGGAAAAAAGGAUUCAUUAAUAAAUAUAUACAAUAUUAUACAGGCCGAUCCUAUGCCAUUUAUUAAUUUAUUUUUUUUGUUGAUUUUUUUUGUCUAUAAAAGAAAACGAGACACCAUAGAAUGA